AUGGGACCUUUCCCGUCAUCAUAUAAUAACAAGUACAUUUUGCUUGCGGUGGAUUAUGUUUCUAAAUGGGUAGAAGCUGCAACAACUCCGACUUGUGAUGGGAAAGAGGUACUUAGAUUCCUUCACAAAAAUAUCUUUACUCGAUUCGGCACCCCCAGAGCAAUUAUUAGUGAUCGAGGAAGUCAUUUUUGCAAUAAGUGGUUCACUGCUCUUUGGGCUCGCUACGGUGUUCAUCAUCGAAAGGCGUUAUUUUAUCAUUCAAUUGCAAAUGGCCAAGAUGAAGUGUCGAAUAGGGAAAUUAAAGGUAUCUUAGAAAAGACAGCAAAUACGUCAAGGAAGGAUUGGUCGAAGAAGCUCGAUGAUUCACUUUGGGCUUAUCGCACUGCAUUUAAAACUCGGAUUUGCAUGUCACCAUAUCUAUUGGUGUUUGGUAAGGCAUGCCAUUUACUGGUGGAACUGGAGCAUAGAGCUUAUUGGGCUGUGAAAAAGUUAAAUCUUGAUCUCUUUAUGGCGAGACAAAAUAGGCUUAUGGAGUUAAAUGAGAUGGAAGAAUUCUUAAAUAAAGCUUAUGAGAAUGCCAGGAUCUAUAAAGAGAAGUCGAAGGCCUUUCAUGAUAAGUGGAUACUGAGGAAGGAUUUUCAAUUAGGAGAUAAAGUGCUGCUAUUUAAUUCUAGACUUAAGCUUUUUCCUGGUAAAUUGAGAAGAUGGGACAUUUUAAGGUGA